AAAUGUCCCGAUAUUAUAGGUUGCACGUUGUGGAAUGAAUCUUGUACAUUGCAAUGGCAAUUUCAAAGUUUUCUUGAAAUUAUAAAGUUCUGGACAUUCGACCCACAAUUGGUAAAGCCAGUAAUUACUAGAGGUGCCUCAAAUUCUGAUAAAAUUUAUGAAAUGCUUCAAGUAUCAUAGAUUGCAUCUCUAGAUCUGUAAGCUAAAGCUGGAGAAAAGCCUCGUUGAGGUACUGUGACAUAAAAAUCUAAUCGCCUAAAAUUUUAGUGUUUAUCUGGUUGGCAGAGUUUCAAAAUGUCCAAUGGAGAAGUUAGAAAAGUCUCACUUGAAGAUAUACAGCUGGUCCAAAAUCUUAUUGAAAGGUGUCUUCAGCUUUACAUGAGCCAGAAGGAAGUUGUGAGCACCCUCUUACGCCAGGCAAAAAUCGAGCCUGGUUUCACUGAGCUUGUGUGGCAAAAACUUGAAACUGAAAACCAACGAUUUUUUGAGGCAUAUUAUCUAAGGUUGUUAGUGAAGGAGCAGAUAUUGCGAUUUAAUCAGUUGCUUGAAAGACAGGUUGAGCUAAUGCCCCAAAUAUGUCCAACUGGAGUUGCUUCUACUCCACUGUCAAAUGAAUCUCAGAUUCACCCAAUGCAUAACAACUUGGCUUACCUUACUCCAGAACAUACUGGAGCUUUGAAGCCAGAAAGCAUGGACCAUGCUAUUAGUAUCGUACCUAAUGCUUACACUAAUGGUGCAUCCUCGCGACAGCCAUCCGUCCAAAUUCCUGUCAAUAUUGUAUCAGACGACAUGCUAUUGGCUCAGAGUUCGAAUUCAGGAACAAUACAGGGAAUAGAUGGUGGAAUAAUUAAAACUGAAGAAAGCUAUUCAGGUGAUUCGCCUUUUAUUUUUGGUGGAGACAAUAAUCUUCUGGAAACUCAUAAUGGAAUAGGAGAUGCAUCUAUUUCGUCUUUCGGUUCUGUGGUGUCCAAUUCAGAACCUUUGAAUGAGAAUAUUAUGGAAGCCGAUACAAAUAUGUUCGGAUUCUUGGGACAGAUUCCUCGAAACUUCAGCUUGUCUGACCUGACUGCUGACUUUUCGAACAGUACUGAUAUAUUAGAGAGCUAUUCUAGAUCUCCCUUCCUAGGAACGGAUACAAACUUUUUGGAUCUUGAUAUUAAGGAAGAGCAGCAAGACAAUAACAAAGUGGACACUAUAUCUGAGGGAUUGAGUUACGAAGAUUUUGGCAGUGAUUGAUUGAAUAGUUCAAACGGUCCGUUUGCUUGAUAGGAUAGAAAUUUCUGAAGAUAUAUUUGUAAAAUUAUAGAAGCUUCAAGGUUCUAAAUUCUUUGAAGGUAUUGAUCAGUCGUGCUGAGGUAAUACUAUAGUCGUGAUACAUGAUGACCGUGUUUUAUGAACAAUCGAGUUGUAAUAUAUACAAGCAAAAGCUCUUUCCGGCCAAACAAGGCUUGUUUUAGUCAUAUGACAGUGGUGGUGAAGUAGUUUAUAGGUGUCUGAUCACAUUUUGAUUGCAAUCUAUACAAUUUGCAAGAAGGGUGCAUAAGGUGAAGAAGAAAUCUUUAUGUUCUUUUUUCCCCUUUUCAAUUAACUACCAUAUUAUAGACUCAAGUUGUUCAUUAUUUGAUAUAUGACAUUUUGGUUCGUCUUGCUUCUCUGGAA